GCUAAGAGUUAGGUAUUGCCUUUGGCGCCGACAAGGUAACGGACGUUUGGUGUUCCGUGAGGCUGUGUUGAUUGUACGAUACGAAGUAAAGUCUUUAAAUUUGAUGAUGUGGUCUUAAUGACAACUGAAAAAGCUGAAGUUAGUUUUGAGUUUAUUUUGUAGGCAUGUAUCUGAAGAUUAGGAGCAUGAGCAGCUAAGCUUCGAAAUCCAACUUCACUGCUACAUGCACAUCAUACUUGAAUCGAAGAUCAGAUGGAAAAAUCAGCCCUGAUCUUCAGAGGUUGCUACGACAACCACCACUUCUGCCUUGCUAUUCUCUUCUCCUUUCUCUUCUGCACUUUAUUCCUAUCAUUUCGUGCUCCCAAUAAGGCACUCACAUUCAAACACCUGAACCCAGCCACCACCACUGAUCCCUGCUUUGGCCGCUAUGUUUAUAUCCACCAACUCCCUUCCCGCUUCAACGAUGACUUGCUUCACAAUUGCCACACCCUUACCAGAGGCACUGAUAAACCCAACAUGUGCCCGUAUAUGCAAAACAUGGGCUUGGGUCCUCAGAUUCUUACCUCUCAAGGGGUUUUAACCAACAACACUUGGUAUGCCACCAACCAAUUCUUGCUGGAGGUCAUUUUUCAUAACAGGAUGACCAAAUAUGCUUGCUUGACCAACGAUUCCUCCGUCGCCUCUGCAAUCUUUGUCCCCUUUUAUGCUGGUCUUGACGUUAGCCGUUUCCUUUGGCUCUCUAAUCUCACUCACAGAGAUUCCUCCGGUCGAGAUCUUCUUCAAUGGCUUGCAAACAGACCCGAGUGGAAGAAAAUGUGGGGCAGAGACCAUUUCCUUAUUUCUGGGAGGAUUGCUUGGGAUUUCAGGAGACAGCGCGACGAGGAGUCCUAUUGGGGUAGCAAGUUCAGAUUUCUUCCUGAAUCCAUGAACAUGUCCAUGUUAGCAGUCGAAGCUAGUUCGUGGAAUAACGACUACGCUAUACCCUACCCAACUUCUUUCCAUCCCUCGGAUGACACUCAAGUUCUGCAAUGGCAGAAAAAAAUCAGACAUCAAAAGCGGCCCUACUUGUUUACUUUCACCGGAGCUCCAAGGCCCGAGCUUGAAGGCUCUAUCAGGGGUAAGAUCAUAGACCAGUGUCGAGCUUCGAGUGUUUGCAAAUUCGUGGACUGCAGCUAUGGUGUGGAGAGAUGUGACGACCCUGUCAAUGUUAUAAAGGUGUUUCGAAGUUCUGUGUUCUGUUUGCAGCCUCAAGGUGACUCGUACACCAGAAGGUCCAUUUUUGAUUCUAUGUUGGCCGGUUGUAUUCCCGUUUUCUUUCAUCCGGGCACUGCUUAUUCACAGUACAAGUGGCAUUUGCCUAGGAACAGGACAGGGUACUCUGUAUAUAUACCGGUGAAGGAUGUAAAACAAUGGAAUACCAGUGUGGAAGAGGUGUUGCUGGGAAUCUCAGAGAGUGAGGUCUUAGCAAUGAGGGAGGAGGUUAUAAAGGUGAUUCCAAAUAUUAUUUAUGCGGAUCCAAGGUCUAAGUUAGAUUUCUUCGAAGACGCGUUUGAUUUAGCAGUAAAAGGAAUGCUUGAAAGAAUAGAGAAGGUGAGGGAGGCAACAAGGAGAGGGAGAGAUCCCAGCAUUGGUUUUGCAGACGAAGACCAUUAUAAGUAUACAUUUUCACAAAGUUACAGCUAAAUGAAGACAUGUAUUACGUGACAUGCCGUUUCAUGAUAUCAGUAAUGCCGGAAAGAUAAAAAUUUUGUUUUUGGUUGCUCUGGCUUUUCUUAUUUGUCCAUGAAGCUUGCUUCUUGACUUGGAAAGAAGGAAAUCCGGUGACAGUGAUUACAAGUGAAUGAAAAUGUAUGUAACUUUCAGGAAGAAAGAGAGGCAACAAAAGUACUUGUACGAUUUAAUGCCACCAAGCAACCAUAUAGCAGUGAAAACAUUAUUAUCAUUGGCUUGUUACUUAUAACUUACAAGUAAAAAUAUCCAUUCUACAAUAAGAA